UUUAUAGUACGUAAUGGCUGAGCCAGAACCGGAAAUCAACGUUGAGCCAGAAACCCAUGUUGAGCCUGAGCCGACCGUUGAACCUGAACCCAACAUAGAACCAGAACCCAGCGCAGAGCCUGGAAUGUUUGGAGAACCAGAACCCAACACAGAGCCUGAAAUCUUUGGAGAGCCAGGUCCCAGCACAGAGCCUGAAAUCUUUGGAGAGCCAGGUCCUGAAGUCAACGAUUAUGGACCAAAUGGUCAUCUCUUUGGAAACCAGACACCAGAUGCCGAACCGCAGUAUGACUUUUCCAGCACCUUUGGAAUCUGGUGGGAUCUUCAUUGCUAUGGACUAGGGGCAAUCUUCUUGUUGAUUGCCAUCUUCGCUGUCAGAUCAACCAUCCUCAUGCUGUGCAGAAAGCAGGGCAGAGUAUCCAACACCAAACCGUUCCUCCUGUUUGUCAAUAUCCUUGUGGUUAUUUUAUGUCUGCUCAGGGCGCUCUAUCUCUUUGUAAAUCCCUACAAUGUGUCGGGAUUCUUUCCAGUUGUAGUGAACAAUAUCCUCUUCAAUAUCCCGUUCCCAUGUAUGACGACUUGCUUCGCGAUGAUCCUGUGGGUGCUUCGUGAAGUCGGACAGGUCAAACUGACGGUGCAAUCCCGCAGCAGGAGCUUGAGGGCGCUUUUCACCAUAGCCGUCACUCACCUAGGUUUGGUGAUCAUCGUCAGCGCAAUAAUCGAACUUACGCGAAAUGAGAUCUUGUUGAUUGUGAUGUGCCAUGGGUUCUUCGUCGUCUGGGAAAUAUUUCUCUGCUGUUCUGCAAUCGUCCUGAUGUACAGGAUCAGCAAGGCGAUCAGGGAGACGGGGAAAACUCUGGUCAGUAUUUCAACAAGAGGACGUUCGCCAGCUCGCAAAGACAACAAGAAUGAUGAGAACAUGAACAUACGUAAAGUGGAAGAGUCAAUGGAUGAAAACUGUGACAAAUCGUCUUCUGAUCGAACACUUGGCAAUACUUACGACAAAAUCAGCAACACACAACUUACAAAUCCUUAUAUUAGGCCUAUUGAUGGCAAACCCGAUGAUCUUGAAAAGCUUGAUUAUAAAGUCAGUAAAACCUCCUCUCAGCAACAGCUCGAUCCUGCUUUCUUGGAUGUCGGGACAAAGGAAGAAAUCACAAAAAACACGAAUACUAACGGAAAUUGCGACGGCAUGACUUCUCCUGCUUCGGGUCCUGGUAAGCCUAUUCGGUCAACAGUGUUCGGUGUUGCAAGAAACUUUCUUUCUUCCCUCUCUCGAUAUGGCAGCAGCCGAGCCAAGAUGGAAAUGAAUGACACCAAAGGACUCUCCGUCGUGUCAUCUGAAUACUUUGCCACUUCAAAAGAUGGCGACUCCAUUAAAACUACGGAUCACCGACCAACUAGUUACAAUUGUGACUCCAAGAAUACAAUGGACAUGAAAAUACACCAGGACUCAGGUCACAAGCUGUCCUUCAACCGGAGACAGAGCAUCAAAACCAAGCAAACUGGACCUCCGGGACAACCGAAGCAUCCUCAACGAGGCAACAGUCGUUCAGCUCAUUCUACCUCGACAGACAUGGGCAAGAGAGCGAGACUGACGAGGAAGGUCACCCGAAUCACGGUGGUUACUACUUUGACCAGUUGCAUCGCAGCCAUCCUCAACCUUCUCUUCGUCUUGUCUGUGUUUCCCGGUACCCACAUCCUAAAGAAUUCUGAAUAUUGGCUGUUUGUUUUCUAUAACUGCUUCAGGGUCACUGAGAUUGCUAUGGCUUGUGUCAUACUUUACUUUGUAGCUCAACCCAUGCCCAAAUCAAGGACACAGGCAAGAUCAACGGUGAAAAAAUAACUUGUAAAGGGGGUGAAGCAAUGUUAGGGCCACCGCACACCUUACGACUGGUCCACGGACCGAUUUUCGAACGAAUUGCAUUUCGCUCAUUUUCUGAAAAUGUGAAUGAAAAAGUAUAUCUUUAUUUGAAGUUCAAAUUAACUGAAAGAAUAUUGAUAAAACAAAUUUGGAUGAUUGGAAGCCUAUAUUUUGGAGUAAAGACCAAAUUAGUUUCAAAUCGAUCCAAUCGUACGAUUGAUAUGACGUCAAUUCGACUAGAUAUUAAAUUCUUUUUUAUUUUAAUGAUAAUGAUAGCAUAGUCACAUAUUUGAGCAUAGGUAUUUGUUAGAUGAUUUAGAAUAUUACACAGUGCGAUAUUCCGUGUCUCAAUAUGAGCAUUAAAUUACGUUCUAUUCCAAAAUCGGGUGGCAGACCAAUCGUAAGGUGUGCAGUGGCCUUAAGAUACAUCUCUCAGCGUGUCAUAAACAUAUGGAACGAUUCAUAUCCAGACGUCAUCACUAUCACCUUUAGAUUUAGAUUUAGAUUUAGAUUUAUUCAUUUUCCGUUCACAAAGCACAACAAAAUCAAAUACAUAGUCAAAAUUUACAGUAGUACAACAUAAAUCAGAAUAAGGUAUAAACAAUGAGAACUAAUGCAAACUAAAGUAACUUUGACUAUAAUAACUAUAUAAAACAGAACGGAGGGGCUUGCCAAGAAAAGCGAAGCUUGUAUGGGAGGCAAGCCCCCGUAACUUAGUUUCAAUACGUAUAUUACAAAACUAUAGUAUAAAGGAGAGACGGAAGACAGUUUAAAAGGAGGUUAUACAAAAUAUCGAAAGUAACAAAGAAAGAGUGAACCAAAUUAG